AUUACAUACAGCAAACCAGGUAGGAAAUCCCUAGUAAUGUCACUUCCCAUCACCCUCAGCCAAGAUGACGUGUAAUGCUUGGAGACAGGCUAGAAAGAUGAUCCGCCGCGCCUUAGAACGCCCCUGCACCUUGGCUAUGCUUAUUGGGUUCCAAUUUGCCUUCAUGGUCUACUUUUCUUUUGGUGGCCUUCGAAAUCUGGCUUCCAUUUUUGGCCGGUCCACGGAGCCCAGCUUUGACUAUUUGCACACCCAUGAUGUCUACACCAAUUUGACACUACUGCAAGGAUUACAGUUAUCGGCAGCACAGCCAGGAGAGCUAACUCCAAGAUGUCCUGAGAGGUCUCCAUACCUUGUGGGCCCCAUCUCAGUGACCUUCAGUCGCAUCCCAACCCUUCAGAAAAUUAAGGCAAAAAACCCCUUUGUUACACAAGGCGGCAGGUACCACCCCCCAAAUUGUGAAGCUCGCCACCGUACGGCGGUGAUUAUUCCGCACAGGAACCGGGAGACCCACCUCAGACAUCUGCUCUAUUACCUGCACCCGUUCAUGCAAAGACAGCAACUCCAAUAUGGUAUCUACAUCGUCCAUCAGUCGGGGAACUCCACAUUUAACCGUGCCAAGUUACUAAAUGUUGGGGUGAAGGAAGCCAUGAAGGAUGAGGAUUGGGACUGUCUGUUCGUGCAUGAUGUGGAUCUAAUCCCUGAGAAUGAUCACAAUCUUUACACAUGUGAUCCCUGGAGCCCUAAACAUGCCUCGGUUGCCAUGAACAAGUUCAGUUACAGCCUACCAUACCCACAGUAUUUCGGAGGGGUUUCUGCCCUUACCCCAGACCAGUACAUGAAGAUGAAUGGGUUUCCCAAUGAAUAUUGGGGCUGGGGUGGAGAGGAUGAUGAUAUUGCCACCAGGGUUCGUUUGGCUGGCAUGAAGAUUUCUCGCCCUCCUAUAUCCGUUGGCCACUACAAGAUGGUAAAACAUAAAGGAGAUAGCGGCAAUGAGGAAAACCCACACAGGUUUGAUCUCCUCAUAAGGACUCAGAGGAUGUGGACUCAGGAUGGGAUGAAUUCCCUUGCUUACAAAUUAUUGUCUAAAGAACUGGAACCAUUGUACACCAACAUCACUGUGGAUAUUGGUGUAGAUCCCAGGACACAGAAACCUGUUAGGAUGCGUGGUCCUACUCCUCCUGCGAUGAUCCACCACAGUAAUGACUCUAGUAGCAGGACAACUGAAGGAAAGCCAGCAGAGGUCCAGUCUCCAUCCAGACAUUCAGGAUCAGAAAGCGUGCCUCAAAAAUUGUCUCCAACUGCAGAAAACCAAUCCAUGGGAGAUGGUUUGGAUGUAAAAAAGACCUCGGAGAGCGAUGAUGUAAAGGGGAAAAGGGAAGGUGACCACAUGGCCGGUAAAUUUGCACUCCAACACAUGCAGCAAUCUAAAGUCUCAAGCAAGAAACCGCUUGUGAACAAAAAUCUAGACUCCAGAAGAAUCGCACCAAGGGCAGCUAGGAAGUCAUCCAUGAUCUCAAAUCUUCGUGUCGAGGCAGGAGAUUCUAGAGAGAAUCUGGAUAUCAGAUCAUUAAACCGUACUUCAUGGAACAAUCCUCAUGGUCUAGAAUCAAAUAAAGGUGCUAGACUUUGAGAACCGUUUCAGAGCAUGGGAUCCAGAAAUGUAAUUGGGCAGCUUGUUUGCCCCUCCUUAUUUAACUUUUUUUUUGGGGGGGGGGAGUACUAAUUUGUGGGCAUUGCAGAAAUGUAUGGGUUGGGGUGGGGGAUUUGGCCAUCUUGACGAUUGAGACUCCCAGGAAUGUUGCAUAUGCUGGUUAGUCUAAUGCACAUGCUUGGUGCUUUUUGAUGACAUCAUACAAACAAAUGCCUGUCUUCAGCCUUUUGAGACCUUUGGACAUCUUUCAUGUCCUACCUUUACCAGAGGGCACUCUUCCCUGUGGACCGUAUGGGAUCUGACAUGAAGCACCUGGUGGAGGCUGAUGAUUUUUGUUUUUUAUUUAAGCAACGAUUUGUUCAGAGUGCCUCACUACUGUAUACAAGUAAUGAUAUUACUGUGAAAAUUUGCCAUUGAGCUGGAUGGUAUUGUGGCACUGUUACUGUGACUUUUUGUAACUUGUACUACUCCUAUCCUGCUCCACUGCAGCAAUGCUCCCUGUGGCUACAAGUAUUGUACAUAUAUAUGUAUAUAUGGAUCUAUUUUUUAAAAGAUAAUUUAUUCUGUGCUGUGCGCGGUUCUAGAGAAGAAUAUAGGAGGUUGGGGGAAAAACGUUGCCUUACGCCUGUCUGUUUGGCGUAUAUCUCUUUGAAGCGGUUACGGAAUGUGUGCUUGAAUCAGUAUUUAAAUUCAACAAUUUCAAGUGUUUGAAUAUAUAUUUGCUACAUUUUUUUUUACCAAAUAUCUGCCUCGUUAUGUCGGUGGUCGUAACAUAUGAUCCAGAGUGGAAAUUUGAAUGGAUUCCUUCUGUUUCUGUGUACAGAGCUAUUACAUAGAGACUUUUAAUUUAUUGCACAUGUGCUAGUGUAAGAAUACUGAGCGCUACGGAGAUGAUUUGUUUGUUUUUUCUUUUUCAAGAGAUUUGACGUUUGAUUUAUUGUAUGUUGAUCUGGUUU